CUCUACGUGGUAAGAAAUAAACAGUUUGAUGUUUUUUCACCGUUUAUGUCGAAUUUUAACUCACUUUAUAAAGUUAAGUUGUAAAAGCGCAACGUUACAUGCGUAAUUAACUUUAGUUUAAUAUUUUUAUUUGACGUAAACGGACGUAAUCCAACUUCUUUACGUUUCAUAACAGCUAACGUUAGCAUGUAGCUAGGUAGCAACGUUGACGUUAACGUCAGCGUGAGGACGUCUUCAGUAAAACUCUUAAACUGGCUUCAUUUGUCAGGUUUCUAUCCUUCAGGUCCGGUUGAUCAAAGAUGAUGGAUGCUCUGUCUGUGGUGAGUCAGCUUCGGGACCUGGCUUCUGAGCCACAGAACCGACAGGUGAUAGUCAUGGAUCAGGGCUGUCUCCCCGGGCUGGUUCUCUUCCUGGACCACCAGAACCCUGAGGUGUUAUUUGCAACUCUCCAGACUCUACGAUACUUGGCUGAGCUGCCCCCCAAUAUUCCAACCAUGAAAAAUGAACUGGGUAUGAUGGUGAGCUUGGAGACUCUAAUUGGGAGGGAGGGCCUCUCUGUCGACAUCACAGCCUUGGCCCAGGAGGUGUUCAACAUUCUGAGUGCUCCUCCUAUUCCUGUGCCACGCUCACCUGAGAGGGAGAAGAAGAAGAAAUCCCAGUUUUUUAUCAACUCCUCAAACAAGAAAGCGAAGUCUGUCACUCUACACAUCCAGGGGCUGGACAGCACUGACCAGCGGAGCUUGUGUGAGGAGGCUCUCCUGAAGGUUAGGGGUGUGAUCAGCUUCACUUUCCAGAUGGCGUCCAAGAGAUGCACUGUCCGUAUCCGAUCAGAUCUGACCACUGAGAGUCUGGCGUCCGCCAUCGCUGCCACCGAGGUGUUGUCAGCCCAACAGGUGGUGAAGAACGAGGCAGGAGAAGAGGUUUUUAUCCCGCUGAACUCUUCUGGAGUGAAAGUGCAGCAAAACUCAGCUCUCCCAGACUACCUCCCAGAGGAGGAGGAGAGCCCAGAGAGGGAGGUCGACCGAGCCAUUUCCCGCACCACAGCCAAGGAGGCCUCAAACGGAAGCUGGCUCAACUCUGCCGCGAGUUUCCUCACCAAAACUUUUUACUGGUGAAACUUGAACGUCUCAUUCCUUUAAAAAAAGAGAGGCUGUUUGUUACAGGAGUGGACUUUGUUUGAGAUGGCGCACUCCGGGCCAGCAUCCUUGCUAUGAGCACAUGAUGUGAGCACUAUCAACUUGCUGAAAAAAGCAUCAUUCUCAGCAUGUGUGUUCUCAUUUACCUCUUUUCUGCUCUGUUUAUGGGGAAACACUUACACAUUUUCUAAUCUUACCACUGAAUGUAAAUAUUUUCUAUCAGACUUCCAAACUGACUCAAUUCUCUCUACUUUUCUCGACAUUUGAAAAGUAUUUUCAGUGUACCCUACUGUAUUUUUGGAAGUUGUUGCUAAAUAAAUGUACAAGAUCACAUCUUCAA